AUGGGUGAGCUACAUGAAGUCUUUAAUUCGAACCAUGAACUCCUAAAAACUCAAGAAGAUAUCCGUACACACGAAGCAAAAGCUUACUACCAGCCUGGAAACAGAUCUCACGGAUGCAGAUCGUCAGUUCAUUUCAAAGGCAAACAUAACGAUUGCUCAACAGACGUCAAAAACAAUCGUAUCGCCCGAUACCACAGCCCUCCAGUGCUAACACUUCCAUCAGGUCUCAUCCUUACUCCAACCGUUUUCGGUUAUACCAUCUCUGGAACUAGCCUUUUCGAUAUAGCUGCUACGACUGAAGACUACGGAAAUUCACUGGUGGUAGCAACACCAACGGUCUCACUACGAGCAACCGAAAACGACCCUGAUGAAGUAUCUGUAAUCAAAUUUAUGGAUGACUACAGGAAGACAAUCAAAAUCAGGGAAGGCACAAUCACGGCAGGAUUUCUCUUCAACGAAAAUGUCGGCAAAUUGAAAGACAAUUUCAAUGUUGCCUUUCGCCGCUUACAAGCACUUCAUCGAACGUUACAAAAAGACGAGAAAAAAUUUAAGAUCUACAACGACACUUUUCAAAGUUACAUCAAGGAUGGGAUAACUGAGGACUGCGAUGUACACCCAACAGGAGUAACGUCUUUUUAUCUUCCACAUAGACAUGUGUGGACACCGGGAAAAAUAACCGAACUUCGUAUCGUAUUCGAUGCUUCAUCAUAUGGAAUAAACGAGCUCAGUCUCAAUGACGUCAUCAAGGUCACGCUCUCACUCCAUCAUGAGGUUCUACUUCUUUUCCGUACUUACAAAAAUACGAUGGUGGCAGAUAUUCAAAAAGCCUUCCUGCAGAUACGGCUUCCAAAAGAUCCAUCGAGAUGCUACAAGAUUCUUAUGGAUAAAGGAUUUGAACGCUCCAGUAGAAGGUUACAAUGUCAAAGACUAGUUUCUGCAGAGUCCCUUUUGGAAUUAACGUAA